AUGGCUUUCUUUAUUAAUUUUGAGUUCCAAGCUACGGUGAAGGAAGGCAGCACGGGAGUGAUUGUCAAUCUGACUGUGGAGGAUCGGGAUGACCCGGCAACAGGAGCAUGGAGAGCGGUUUAUACCAUCAUCAAUGGCAACCCAGGCCAGAGCUUUGAAAUCCAUACGAACCCCAAGAACAAUGAAGGGAUGCUGUCAGUUGUCAAGGUGAGCAGAAGGAUUAGCUGUGCCUCUUAGACAUCUAAAGAAUGGCCAUAAUGUCUUAUGUUGCCCCUUUUCGGAAAUGCUUUAAAUUUUCAGAGGUUUCUGUUGUCAGAGGUGGGGAAUCUUAGGCGUAUGAAUCAGCUGUGGCCCUCCAGAGCUCCCUAUCAGGCCCUCAGAAAUCUCCGCAGGCCACAUCCCUCAGUGGUCAUGUUUCACACCCUGAGUGUUUUUGUUUGGCUGGAAUUUGUCCCUGACCCUUGUUUGGAGGAUAGAGGGUGAGUGUAGAAACUAGUCUGCUGUUCAGACUGGGGCUGAAAAAGGUUCACCACCUCUGCCAUUGUUCAUUUCUAAUGAUACGAUGUUGCUUGCUAAGCUAGCCAUUGUGGGAAUGUUCAGGGGUGCAGGAGAGGAUAUAUUGUGAGAUUAUAUCCUAAUCCAACUUGUGCUAACAAGUUCCCAAAAUAUCAGCAGAGUUUAUAGACAUUCCCCUUUAAGUUUGCAACGGUAACGUGUGCACAGGUUCGCUAGAACCUCUAUAAUAAUUACUCUGGUAAUUUCCCCUUUGUUCCCUCUUAAAAUACAAGACACGACACAGUCUUUAUAAAAGUAUAAAAGAGUUUACUCACGUUCUGUUCACAAUGUGAUCCCAGAAGGCAGACAGCUUAAAAAAGGUAAAAUACACUCAGAAUCUAUCUUAUAGGAAGAUAGUACAGUGGUGCCCCGCAAGACGAAUGCCUCGCAAGACGGAAAACCCGCUAGACGAAAGGGUUUUCCGUUUUUGAGUUGCUUCGCAGGACGAAUUUCCCUAUGGGCUUGCUUCGCAAGACGAAAAUGUCUUGCAAGUCUUGAGAUUUUUUUUUCGCUUUUCGCCCCCUUUAUCUAAUCUGCUAAGCCUUUAAUAGCCUUUAAUAGCCUUUUAGCAGCUAAUCCGCUAAGCCUUUAAGCCUUUAAUAGCCGCUAAACCGCUAAUAGCGCUAAUCCGUUAAGCCGCUAAUAGGGUUGCUUCGCAAGAUGAAAAAAACGCUAGACGAAGACUCUCAAGGAACGGAUUAAUUUCGUCUUGCGAGGCACCACUGUACUGUCCUCUCUUGGCUGAGAGCCAAGAGGGCAUGUUGCUCCUUCAGAAGAUGAAGAUGAGAGAGAGAGAUAUGGCUGCCUGCCCUGUGCUUUUAUCAUUUACCUGCACAGGUGAGGCCACACCCACCUCUGGUCACAUGCGGAGGAAGUCUGUCCCCAGGAAGUUUACCUGCUUGUUAGACAGACAUCCCUCCCCAUGUUCUAACAUGUACACUCUAGGAAUGUUGUCAUUGACUGCUCCUGCGUUUUUACAUCCCACAGCCAUGAAGUACCCAGCAGGAAUUUUCUGAGGGGAGUGAUUGAUUGCUGUGAGAAAUGUGGGAAGUUUAGACUGUGUGGGAAGUUUAGACUGUGUGUUUCAGACAGUUGUGUCUCCCUCUUGAAGAGGGAUUUGAGCAAUUUGGCUGGAUUUUUUUUAAAAAAAACAAAAGUACAGAAUCACAUAGAAGGAAGACAGAACUAGUGAUUGGCUACGGGCCACAAUUGGCUCGUAGUCUGCAAGCUGCCUACCUUUCCUUUAAAUUUAUCUUUAACUAUGAGAAGCAAAAGGGAUGUGGGUGGCGCUGUGGGUUAAACCACAGAGCCUAGGACUUGCCGAUCAGGUCGGCGGUUCGAAUCCCUGCGAUGGGGUGAGUUUAUGUUGCUCGGUCCCUGCUCCUGCCAACCUAGCAGUUCAAAAACACGUCAAAGUGCAAAUAGAUAAAUAGGUACCACUCCAGUGGGAAGGUAAGCGGCGUUUCCAUGCACUGCUCUGGUUCGCCAGAAGUGGCUUAGUCAUACUGGCCACAUGACCCGGAAGCUGUACGCUGGCUCCCUCGGCCAAUAAAGCAAGAUGAGCGCCGCAACCCCAGAGUCAGUCAUGACUGGACCUAAUGGUCAGGGUCCCUUUACCUUUACCUAUGAGAAGCAAACCUGGAUUUCUUCUGGGCCUUCUUUGACUUACCAGAGGAGGAUUCAGGAACCGCAAGUAACUUAUUGGUCUGAAGGACCUUGUGUUGUGAGCAUCAACAUAAGUCAACACAGGCUGUGGUAUGUGCAUCAUGGCUACCAGCGCUGGUGGCUAUAUUGUACCCUGACUGUUGGAUGCAGUGUACUUCUGAAUACCACUUGUUGUGGACUGCAGGAGGGCAGAGAGCUGUUGUGCUCAGGUACUGCUUGUGUGCUUCCCAUAAGCAUCUAGCUGGCCACUGUGAGACUAGAAUGCCAAACUAGAUAGGCCACAUCCAUCAGGGCUCUUUCUGCAUUCAUACAUAGGAUCAAUCCAGAACAGGAAACAUUGAAAGAAGUGCCUGCAAGUUUCUAGAACUCAUGGUUGCACAGAGAGGGAGAAAUCUGUUUGAAAAAGAGGCAACAUUUCCUGUUUACCGCUGAUGAGAGACUAGCAAUGGUUUAACCCAAUAUACAACAGUGUGUAGUAAAGGUAUGGAAUUCGCUCCCACAAGAGGUAGCAAAGGCCACCAAUAUGGAUAAGAUUAGGCAAAUUUAUGGACAAUAAAGCUAUCAGUGACUAUUAAACCUGGUUGAUACAUUCUAUUUGGCUGGCCACUGUGAAAACAGGGUGUUGGACUAGGAUGGCAUUUGGCCUGAUCCAUCAGGGCUCUUUUUAUGUUCUUAUGUUCUUGCUUUUCAGCCUUUGGACUGUGAGAUUUCAGCUUUCCACACACUCCUGAUCAAAGUAGAAAAUGAAGAUCCAUUAGUUCCAGACAUAGCAUAUGACACCAGUUCCACAGCAACUGUUCAGAUCACGGUUCUGGAUGUCAAUGAAGCCCCUGUUUUCCACCCAGACCCAAUGACUAUCACCAAACAAGAAAACAUCCCCAUUGGCAGUGUUGUGUUAACGGUCAAUGCCACAGAUCCAGACACCUUGCAACAUCAGACUAUAAGGUGA